AUGGAGGACCCCGUGGUCCAGGGAGUCAAUGGCGUGGCGAACGGUACGCCGGUCGCGCCAGUCCCAUCGGCGGUCGACCCGCAGGCGGUCGUCAAAUAUCUCUCGAGCGUGCUUGAGGUCACGCUUGGAGCCACGGAAGAGGAGUUGAAGGCCCCUGGGAGCUUGUUGAACGAGGCAGUUAUCGAAGACACACUAUCGAGAUGUUUGCGCUUUGCGAUGGAGCAGCAGAUGGCGCUGUACGUGCUGAAACAAGCACCUACAAGUCAACAGAAUGGUCAUGUCAAUGGGGAUGGGCCGAUGCAUCAGGACACAUACGUGCUCAGCGCAGAGGUGGCGUAUACAACGCACACUGUAGGAUGUGUGGCUUUUCUUAAGAGACCGGCGGCGAUCAUCGCGGAUAUUCCCAUCAGUAAGCAGGUCUCGGUGGUGAACAUGUCGCUUCCUGGCCUUCCUGGCUCAACAGAUACGGCAUCGACGAUCUCUCCAUAUGAGAGUCUUCACUCUUUCGUGCGAGGUGCUCUGACACCAUUCUUUGAAGCCGCAGCAAGAGGCUCAGAAUCGGCAGGAGACAAGCUCAAGUCGGAUGGCGAAUCUCGGACUGGCAUAUCCGGCGCGAGGAGAAAGCUGGCAGACUUGGAGAUCACACUGCAGAACCUGCAGCAGAACAUUGAGGUCGAGGCUCCUCGAUUGCAGAUACACGAAGCUGUCCAGGCGCAACUUGCGGAUGCUGGUGGUGACUGGCAGGCUGCCGCUAUUCAGAUACCGGAGGGAAUUAUCACAGACAGCUCUCUUCUGAACCGACUCCAGAAUAUGGCCAACGACUGGAUCAAGCAGAUUCGUGACUUUACGAGAGUUACAGACGACCGGGCUGUGGGGACGACGUCGCAGGAGAAGAAUUUCUGGCUGGCGAUGGAGAAUGCGAUUGAGGGCAUUGAGGUGCAGCUCUCAGGCGGAGGCGUACAGUUGACCAUGAAGAUACUGGAAAAGGCCAAGAGACAUGGAAUUACAGCCAGUUUUCAGUCCGACACGAGACUCAAGGAGACAAAGGACAAGGUGCAGAGGUACAACCAGCUGUUCCACGGCUUUCCCAUCGAAGAGCUACUGUCGGCAACUUCGAUUGAGAAGCUAAGGGAUGCGUUGGACGAUGUGUUCUCACAUCUAACCAAGAAGUUGCGAAUCUGUCCUUAUCCGAUUCGACGCGCUCUGCCUUUAGUCGAAGCCAUUUCCGCGGACAUGGAUGCUAGGGUACAUGAUCUUCUUCAUGGUCGAACACUCAUGCACCAAAGCUUUGCAGAUUUCCAAAAGAUCGUGCACCAAGUUCAGGAGGUCUGGAUGUUCUGGGAUGACAACGUCAAAGAGUUCACUAACGUUGCUCGAGAUGUGACACGCAGAAGAAACGACAAGUUUAUCCCGAUCAAGAUCACAAAGCGUCAUGAUAAAACUCAGGACCGGAUUAGCUACAUCUACAAGUUCCGGGACGACCAUGAGCAGCUGCAGAAUACCAUUGCAAAUGUCUUGGGACCGGAUGACGACUCUACGGAUGUUGCAGACGGGACAGUAGCACCGGUCAUCGUGGAGGAAAUGGGCGAUGUCGAUGCUGCGGAAGAGAUCGCCCAGGCAUACACAAUGGUCAAGGACGUAGAUGUGCUCGACAUCACCCCAGAAGGUGAACGGUUGUGGACUCAAGCUGAAGCAGCAUACAACGAGCGGACAGCACGUGUCGAAAAUUCGAUCAUUGCGCGUCUUCGGGAUCGACUGGCAGUGGCAAAGACUGCGAACGAGAUGUUCCGUGUCUUCUCCAAAUUCAACGCUCUGUUCGUGCGACCAAAGAUCAAGGGAGCGAUUGCGGAGUACCAGGUUCAGCUUAUGAACAAUGUCCGAGAUCACAUCGACAGCCUACAGCAGCGAUUCACUCAUCAGUACGGCCAAUCAGAAGCUCAUGGUAUGGCGCAAUUACAUGACCUGCCGCCUAUCUCUGGAGCCAUCAUUCGUGCACGCCAAAUUGAGCGGCAAUUAAACAGCUACUUGGGCAAAGUUGAGGAUAUUCUAGGUCCCAAAUGGAAAGAUCACACCGAUGGCCAGAGGCUGAACCAGCUUGGCGAAGGCUUCCGAAGAAAAUUGGACACCAAGCCCAUCUUCGAUGAUUGGCUUCGAGAUAUCGACAGACGGCAUUUGUCGAUAUCGGGACGACUGUUCUCCAUUACCCAAAAUCGCGCACGUGGAAACGUCGAGAUCAACGUCAAUUUUGACUCGCAAGUCAUUAUCCUAUUCAAAGAAGUGCGUAACUUGCUCUGGUUAAAUUUCAACGUACCGCACGCGAUCACAAAUGUCUCGAAAGAAGCGCGUCGGGUGUAUCCAUUUGCCGUCAGCUUAAUGGAGAGCCUGAACACAUAUGCACAGACCAACUUGGCGAUUGAGAACAUGUCAGAAGUCACAGCGUUAUUGAGCGGAUACCGAAACGAUGUGCAAACCCUGGUGGCGAAAGGUGCGCCCUUGAAAUGGGACACUUUUGUCUUGGCUUACGAUGUGCAUGUCCGACAAGCUGGAGAUGGUGGCCUUGGUGGCACUGGAGACGACAAGCUACACGUCCAAUAUGUUCGCAACCUUGGAAAUUCGAUUGCGACGUUGCAGUCAAAAGUCACAACACUGUCUAGUAUCCAGACGACCGUGGAUGCAGCUCUUCGCGAGCUUCAAAUCUGUCCUUUCACGCAUGAGGCUUUCAGUGAGCAUCUAGAAACCCUUCAGCGCGCUGUUGACCAGCUCAAUCUUGAGUCGUACUCGAAUAUUGCUUACUGGGUUGCAAAGACAAACGAGAAGGUCGUGGAAACCCUACACACACGGUUGCAGCAAGCGUUGAAGGGCUGGACUGAGGACUUCGAAAACGGCUACAGUGCGAACGAGCAGUCCGCGCAAAGAGAGCCGGGCACCCCGAACAUCAAGACCUCCGGGCAUGAUAUUGUUAUGCAGAGCCAGCUGAUCCAGCUUGAACCGCCGCUGGAAGAUGCUAAAGCCGCAUGGCUGGACAAUUUGCACGCCUGGCUUGCGACUGUCUGCGGUCUCUCCAGGCUGCAGGCUUCCCGGUUUGAGAGCGCUCUCACGGUGCAAAGUCGAGGCACACUAAAAACAUAUUCUGAGCUGUCAAUAAUGUGCAUGGACACACUAGGCGAGCUUUACGAACGCAUCGAGGCCAAGCUGAGCGUCGGGCAAACGUAUGUCGAAGAGUGGCUACAGUUCCAGUCACUUUGGGACCUGCAGCUACAACAGAUCCAAGAUGACCUGGGAGAGGAACUUGACCUUUGGCUUCAACUGAUUCUGGAGAUCCGUCAGAAGCGAGAGACAUUCGACACUUCUGGAAUGCGCCGGUCCUUUGGUCAUCUUGUCAUCAACUACGAACAGGUACAGGCCAAGGUCAAUGCGAAGUACGACCAGUGGCAGCACGAUCUACUGGGCCACUUCUCGAGCAUGUUCGCUACUCGCCUCGUGGACGUGUACGCAGAGCUGCAGAAAGCCCGCAAAGAUUUGGAAGGCCAAUCAAUGCAGGCAUCGUCGACGUCCCAGGCCGUCUCUUUCAUUACUGUCGUCCAGACGUGCAAGCGUCAGACCAAGGUGUGGGAGCCUGAGAUGGCUACUUUCAGACAAGGGCAGCAGACCUUGUCACGACUGCGAUUUCAGUUUCCCAAAGAUUGGCUGUACGUUGAGCAAGUCGAUCAUGAAUGGGCCGCUCUUAUGGAGGUGCUCGACAAGAAGAGCAAGCAGAUCGCGGACCACACCGAAGGCCUGCGCACAAAGAUUAUUGCCGAAGAUGGCGUGGUCUCGCGGCGCAUCAAUGAGAUGACUGACCGAUGGCGAGAAGAGCGACCGGAGUCGGGCAACAUCCCACCCGCAGAGGCUGUCUCGACACUGGAAAACUUCGAUACGGAGCUCAGUCAACUACAGGAGCAGGCCGAAAUGGUUUCUAAAGCAAAGGAGGCACUCGAGCUUCCCUCUAGUCCUGACAACAUGCUUGCGGACCUACUCGCGGAAGUGCAGGACUACAAGUCAGUCUGGGCCAACUUGACUGUCGUGUGGGAGCAGCUCAACGAUCUCAGAGAUCAGCCAUGGAAUAGCAUACAGCCACGCAAGCUGCGGCAGUCCCUCGACAACCUCAUCAAGACUACCAAGGAGAUGCCCAGCCGCAUGCGUUCUUACGCUGCUUUUGAGCAUUUGCAAUCUGAACUGCGGCAACUACUCAAGGUCAACCCGUUGCUCACCGAGAUGCGGUCAGAUGCCGUCCGUGAGCGUCACUGGGUCAAAAUCUUCAAGAAUCUGCAGCCUUCAAAGCGCUAUUCGGCUCUUUCCAUGACGUUGGGGGACGUUUGGGAUCUGAAGCUCGGGCCGAGCGAAACGGUAAUCCGCGAUGUUAUUGCGCAGGCUCAGGGUGAGAUGGCCUUGGAAGAGUUCGUCAGGUCCGUGCGGGAGCAUUGGCAAAAUUACACCCUGGACUUGGUCAACUACCAGAACAAGUGUCGCCUCAUUCGCGGGUGGGACGAUCUCUUUGCCAAGUGCAGCGAUCAUCUCAACUCGCUGCAAGCCAUGAGACACUCGCCUUACUACAAGGAGUUUGAGGAAGAAGCGUCGUCCUGGGAAGACAAGCUGAACCGCAUUCACGUUCUCUUUGAUGUCUGGAUCGACGUUCAGCGCCAGUGGGUCUAUCUGGAAGGAGUGUUCACGGGUAACGCCGAUAUCAAGCAUUUGCUUCCUGUCGAGUCGUCACGGUUCGCAAACAUCAACAGCGAGUUCAUGAAUGUGCUCAAGAAGGUCUACCGUUCGCCACAGGUGCUCGAAGUACUCAAUAUACCAGAUGUUCAGCGCUCCCUGGAGCGUUUGGCUGAUCUGCUCAAUAAGAUCCAAAAGGCACUGGGAGAAUACCUUGAGAAGGAACGUGUAGCUUUCCCGCGGUUCUACUUCGUUGGUGACGAAGACCUUCUGGAGAUCAUUGGCAACAGCAACGACACCUUGCGCAUAGCCAAGCAUCUGCGCAAGAUGUUUGCUGGUGUCUCGGGAUUGACGAUGGACGAAGAAUCCAACAUCACAGGGCUCACCUCUCGCGAGGGUGAAGAAGUCGUGCUGAGGACGCCGAUAAACCUGAUACAGACGCCGAAAAUUAACGACUGGCUGCGUGCGCUGGAGAACGGCAUGCGGGACACUUUGUCUGAGCUCCUCACUGACGCAGUGCAAGAGUUUGAGGCUCUAGAGGAGGAGGAUCAGGGCGGUUUUGAGGCGUACAUCGAAAAAUUCCCAGCACAGAUCGUUGUUCUGGCAACCCAAGCAUUCUGGACGUCACGUGUUGGUGCCGCUCUGCAACAAGGUGGCGACGCAUUGCAAAAGCUCUUCGAGACCCAAGUCAACAGACUAAAGUUCCUUGCCGCGUCAGUCCUGCGCGACUUGCAGCCUAUUUAUCGGAAGAAGUGCGAGCAUCUCAUCACUGAGUUCGUCCACCAGCGUGACACAAUCGAGAAGCUGAUCAAUGGUGGCGCCGACUCUCCUGGGCACUACCUUUGGCUUCUUCAAAUGCGUUACGAUUUUGAUGCCAGUGCGGCCCCACUCGACCGGAUGCAGAUCAGAGUGGCCAACGCGACUCUUGCAUAUGGAUUCGAAUACCUUGGUGUACCUGAGCGUUUGGUGAGAACACCCCUCACAGAUCGCUGUUUCCUCACUCUCAGCCAGGCUCUCUGCCAGCGCCUAGGUGGUUCUCCAUACGGACCAGCAGGUACUGGCAAGACGGAAUCGGUCAAGGCUCUGGGUGUGCAGCUCGGGCGCUUCACAUUAGUGUUCAACUGUGACGAUACCUUCGACUUUCAGGCCAUGGGACGUAUUUUCCUGGGUCUUUCACAAGUCGGCGCCUGGGGUUGUUUUGACGAGUUCAACCGUUUGGAAGAGCGUAUUCUUUCAGCCGUCUCACAACAGAUCCAGAACAUUCAGGUUGGCUUGAAGAAGCGUGCGCUUGAUUCCUCUGCUCAGAUCGACCUCAUCGGCCGGCAGCUCAAGGUCCAUCCUCUGACGGGACUGUUCAUAACUAUGAAUCCCGGAUACGCUGGACGUUCAAACUUACCAGACAAUUUGAAGAAACUGUUCCGUAGUGUGGCCAUGUCGAAACCUGACAAGGAAAUCAUCGCAGAAGUCAUGCUGUUCUCCCAAGGCUUCUCCGAGGCGAAGACGCUGUCGAGACAAACAGUGCCAUUCUUCGAUACGUGCGGUGCGACGCUAUCCAAGCAGCCUCACUAUGACUUCGGUCUACGUGCAUUGAAGAGUGUACUGGUGAGCUCAGGUGGCCUGAAGCGAGCUCGGAUGGCGUCUGGGCAGGAGCAAGCUGCAGAUACCGUUGUGGAGCCACAGAUCAUCGUACAAAGCAUUCGUGAGACCAUUGCUCCAAAGAUGGUCAGAGACGACGCCAUUCUCAUGAAACAGAUCGAAGGCGAGGCUUUUCCGGGCGUCCACUACGUGCCAGCAUCCUUGGACAAACUUCGCGAGGCUCUUCAAAAAGUUGUUCAGGAGCGUCAACUUGUGGCGACAGAUGCAUGGCUCACCAAGGUCCUGCAGCUCUAUCAAAUUCAAAGCCUGCAUCACGGUGUCAUGAUGGUUGGAAAUUCGGGAACUGGAAAGUCGACCGCAUGGCAGGCCCUAUUAGCCGCGCUUCAGAAGGUGGACGGCAUCGAGGGUGUUUGCCAUGUCAUUGAUCCAAAGGUGAUGUCCAAGGAGAGCCUUUACGGUAGCUUGGACAGCACGACUCGCGAGUGGACCGACGGACUUUUCACCAGCAUCCUCAGAAAGGUGGUCGAUAACCUUCGUGGAGAAGACAGCAAGCGUCACUGGAUCGUCUUUGACGGUGACGUGGAUCCUGAAUGGGUCGAGAACUUGAACAGUGUUCUGGAUGACAAUAAAUUGCUCACACUGCCCAAUGGUGAGCGUCUCGGCCUUCCGUCGAACGUGAGAGUGAUGUUCGAAGUCGAGACUCUUCGAUACGCCACUCUUGCCACCGUCAGUCGUUGUGGUAUGGUCUGGUUCAGCGACGACACCGUUGAUAUCGACGUUAUGCUCUCGCGAUAUAUCGCGCAACUGCGAACUGCAACAUUCGAAGAUCUGGAAGAAGAUACUGGCACGUCAACAUCCACCGAAGCCAGACUCACUGUCCAGAACCUGAUGGCUGAGAUCCUCAAUCGCAGACUGACGGAGAAUGAUUUUGUGAAGAAGGCGAUCGAACAAUGCUUUGAGAUGCGCCAUAUCAUGACUUUCACUUCAAUUCGUGCUGUUGGCACCCUGUUCUCACUGCUGAGGAAAGCUUGCCGCUCUGUAUUGGAGUACAAUAUCCAACAUACAGACUUCCCGCUCGACGACGAUCAGGUCGAAGCAUACCUGUCCAAGAAGGUCCUUUUGGCGGCGGUCUGGUCUUUCACGGGAGAUUGUCCUCUGGCGGAACGCAAAGCUUUCGGCGACUACCUAGCAGGCCUGGUCACCCUCGAUAUGCCAAUCCUCUCCGAGCAGACAUCUUUGAUCGAUUACGAUGUCGAUCUUCCUGGUGCGGCUUGGAGCUCAUGGCAGAACCAAGUCCCAUCUAUCGAGGUCAACACGCACUCCGUGACCCAGACGGAUCUCGUUAUCCCAACGUUGGACACCGUCAGACACGAGGAAGUCCUCUACUCCUUCUUAGCAGAGCACAAGCCACUGCUGCUUUGUGGUCCACCUGGUUCUGGUAAGACGAUGACGCUGUUCAGCGCUCUUCGCAAGCUCCCGAACAUGGAAGUUGUGGGCCUCAACUUCUCCAGUGCUACAACGCCGGAUUUGCUCGUUAAGACGCUCGAGCAAUAUUGUGAUUACAAGAAGUCACUCAGCGGAGUUACCAUGGCUCCAAGACAGAUCGGCAGGUGGCUCGUCGUCUUCUGCGACGAGAUUAACUUGCCGGCUCCCGAUAAAUACGGCACGCAGCGCGUCAUCUCCUUCCUGAGACAGCUGGUAGAGCACGGGGGCUUCUGGCGCACUUCGACUAAAAGCUGGGUCAGUCUCGAGCGCGUCCAGUUCGUCGGCGCUUGUAACCCUCCCACAGAUGCAGGACGUACUCCACUCGGCUUGCGAUUCUUGCGACAUGCGCCUCUCGUCAUGGUUGACUACCCUGGCGAAGUUUCAUUGAAACAGAUCUACGGAACAUUCAACAAUGCGGUGUUGAAGAUAAUCCCAACGUUGCGUGGGUACGCUGACUCUUUGACCCAAGCCAUGAUAAAAGUCUAUAUGCAGUCCCAAAAGCGAUUCACUCCGGAGAUACAACCGCAUUACGUCUACUCGCCUCGUGAACUCACGAGAUGGGUGCGUGCCAUCUACGAGGCCAUUCGUCCACUUGAGACCUUGUCGCUUGAAGGUCUUGUUCGCAUAUGGACGCAUGAGGCGCUCCGACUGUUCUCAGAUCGUCUGAUUGCAGAUGACGAGCGACAGUGGACCGAGGAAACCGUCAAUCAAGUUGCACUUGAGCACUUCCCGAACAUCGACGAAGAAGUUGCGCUUCAGCGACCCAUUCUGUUCUCCAACUGGCUCUCGAAGAAUUAUGUGCCAGUCGCGCGUGAUCAGCUGCGAGAUUUCGUCAAGGCUAGAUUGCGCACUUUCUGCGAAGAAGAGCUGGACGUGCCGCUGAUCCUCUUCAAUGAUGUACUCGAGCAUGUUCUCCGCAUUGACCGUGUGUUCAGACAACCUCAAGGUCACCUGAUUCUUAUCGGUGUUAGCGGAAGUGGCAAGACGACCCUCUCGCGCUUCGUCGCCUGGAUGAAUGGUCUUUCCGUUUUCCAAAUCAAGGUGCACGGCAAAUACUCUUCUGAAGAUUUUGACGAAGACUUGCGCAACGUGCUACGCAGAUGCGGUUGCAAGGGAGAGAAGAUCUGUUUCAUCAUGGACGAAUCAAAUGUUCUUGACUCUGGAUUCCUAGAGCGCAUGAACACUCUUCUGGCAAACGGAGAAGUCCCGGGUCUGUUCGAGGGCGACGAAUAUGCGACUCUCAUGACCGCUUGCAAGGAAGGCGCACAGCGACAAGGUCUUCUUCUCGACUCGCAAGAAGAGCUCUACAAGUGGUUUACCCAGCAGAUUGUGCGCAACUUGCACGUCGUCUUUACCAUGAACCCACCAUCUGAAGGCCUGUCGUCCAAGGCAGCCACCAGUCCUGCAUUGUUCAACCGUUGCGUGCUGAACUGGUUCGGCGACUGGUCCGAUCAAGCUCUUUACCAGGUCGCCUUUGAGCUUACACAAUCGGUCGACAUCGAUAAGGGCAACUACAGCGCGCCGGACAGCCUGCCAAUCGCAUUUGACCAACUCGAAAUGCCACUUUCACACCGCGAUGCCGUGGUGAACUCCAUGGUCCACGUCCACCACUCUCUUCGUUUCUUCAACGAUCGUCUGAAGCGCCAGCAGAACAGGACAACAUUCCUGACGCCUCGCCAAUUUCUCGACUUUGUUGCCCAAUUCGUCAAGCUUUUUAAUGAGAAGCGUGAUGACCUGGAGGAACAACAGCGGCAUUUGAACGUCGGUCUCGAUAAGCUUCGCGAGACUGUGGACAAAGUGUCCGAAUUGAAGAAGAGUCUGGCAGAGAAGAAGUCUGAGCUUGAGAAGAAAGAUGCGGAAGCCAGUGAGAAAUUACAGAGAAUGGUAGCUGACCAGAGAGAAGCAGAGAGAAGACAAGCUGCGUCGCUGGAGAUCCAAGCUGCGCUGGAGAAGCAAGAGAAGGAAGUCGCAACGCGGAGAGAAGUCGUAUUGAAUGAUCUGGCCAAAGCUGAGCCUGCCGUCGAGGAAGCGCAGCGCAGUGUGAGCAACAUCAAGAGGCAGCACUUGACUGAAGUGAGGUCUAUGCAAAACCCGCCUGCCGGUGUCAAGCUUGCCCUGGAAUCCGUUUGCACACUUCUUGGCCACAGAGCGAACGACUGGAAGACCAUUGUCAGCAUUGUGCGUCGCGAUGACUUCAUUGCCAGCAUCGUUGGCUACGACAACGAGAGGCAGAUGACGCCGCAACACCGGGCGAAGAUGCAGGCGGACUACUUGUCCAAGGAAGAGUUCACUUUCGAGCGUGUCAACCGAGCAUCCAAAGCUUGCGGGCCGCUUGUUCAAUGGGUUGAGGCUCAAGUUAACUACUCCGAGAUCCUUGAUCGAGUUGGACCUCUGCGCGAAGAAGUCGAUCAGCUCCAAGAAGAAGCUCUGCAAACCAAGGCAGAGGCCAAGGCGAUUCAGAACACGCUCCAGGAGCUUGAACAGAGCAUCGCAACCUACAAAGGGGAGUACGCCCAGCUCAUCAGCCAGACGGAAGCCAUCAAAGCCGAGAUGGGUAGGGUGCAAUCGAAGGUUGACCGCAGCAUGCGUUUACUGAACAGCUUGUCAUCCGAGCGUGGCCGUUGGGAGGAAAGCAGCAAGACCUUCCAAGUGCAGAUGGAGACCAUCAUCGGCGACGUCUUUCUCGCCUCAGCUUUCCUAGCCUACGCCGGCUUGUACGAUCAGCAGUACCGUCGUGCCAUGCUCGAAGAUUGGUCCUUGCAGCUCUCGUCAUCUGGCAUUGCCUUCAAGGCGCAGAACGCUCUUUCGGAGUACUUGUCAACCGCCGAUGAGCGACAGCAAUGGCACGAGAACGCGCUGCCUGUCGAUGAGCUUUGCACUGAGAAUGCGAUCAUGCUUAAGAGGUACAAUCGCUAUCCACUGAUCAUCGACCCCUCUGGACGCGUUACGGAAUUUCUGCAGAACGAAAGCAAGGAACGACGUCUCACUGUCACGAGCUUCCUGGACAGCUCGUUCGUCAAGCAACUGGAAAGUGCGCUGCGCUUUGGAAACCCGAUCCUCAUUCAGGACGCUGAGCACAUUGACCCAAUCUUGAACCAUGUUCUCAACAAAGAAUACCAGCGCACAGGAGGUCGUGUCCUGAUUCAGCUUGGAAGGCAAGAGAUCGACUUUUCGCCAGCCUUCAAGCUCUACCUCUCAACCAAAGACCCUUCGGCGCCUUUCGCACCAGACGUGUGUAGCCGAACGACUUUCGUCAAUUUCACGGUCACACAGAGCAGCUUGAAGACGCAGACUCUCAAUGACGUGCUGAAGUCGGAGCGUCCUGACGUGGAUGAGCGUCGCUCCAACCUCGUCAAGAUGCAAGGCGAAUUUACUCAGCGACUCAGACGCCUGGAGCGCAUGUUGCUGCAGGCUCUCAACGACUCUCGUGGAAACAUUCUCGACGACGAGAAUGUCAUCCAGACACUCGAGACUCUCAAGACUGAGGCGGCCGAAAUCACGGCAAAGGCAUCUGAGACGGAGGGCGUCAUGAACGAGGUCAACAACAUCAUGAGCACCUACGACAUCAUUGCAAGAUCUUGCUCUGCCAUCUUUGCGGUUCUCGAGCAGCUCUAUCACGUUCAUCACUUCUACCAAUUCUCGCUGCAGUACUUUGUGGAUAUCUUCGAGGCUGUUCUGCGAUCAGCAAGAGAAUCUGGCGAGCGUGACCCGAAGAAGCGCAUUGACUCGAUUGUGCGAUCUCUAUUUGGCAAAACCUACAACGAAACCUCAGCAUCGUUGCUGCAGAAGGAUAGGCUCACCUUUGCGGUACUUUUGGCUCAAGCAGCUCCUUUCCCGAUGGACAAGACCUUCCUAGAUACGCUGCUCGAUGAGACGAUUAUUGGUGCCGAUGUCAACUCUGCACCAGACCACAAGGACAAAGCAGUGGCACUUGCAUCUCGGAUCAAGGGCAUUACUGAUCUUGUGGCCGACAUGAACUCUCCAGAAUGGGAGACAUUCUUCUCUGCUGAGGGAGCCGAGGAUUGUGUACCAGGCGCCUCGCAAGUGACUGGUAAUGGAAACGACAAAGCGCUCAAGGAGCUUGUCAUGGUCAAGCUGUUCCGAAUGGACCGCCUCGUCCCAGCGACUGAGCGAUUCAUCAAUGCGGUCUUUGGACAUUCAUUCCUCGAUGUGGCCGAAGAUCUAGGCCGCAUUGCGCAAGACAACACAGCCAGCUCGCCAAUUGCACUGUGUUCCAGUCCUGGGUUCGAUGCCUCGUACAAGGUCGACCAACUGGUGGAACGUACGCAAGCGAACUGCGCGAGUGUCGCUAUGGGUUCAAGCGAAGGUGUUUCAAGCGCCGACGCUGCUCUCGCUGGUGCAGCUGCCAACGGCUCUUGGGUCCUUAUCAAGAACGUGCAUCUUGCAACAGAAUGGUUGCAGAAUCUCGUUAAGCGGAUCGACUCGCUUAAGCCACACAAGGAUUUCCGCCUCUUCUUGUCGAUGGAGACAAGCCCCAAGAUUCCAUCAAGCUUGCUGCGCGCGUCAAGGGUUCUCAUGUACGAGCAGCCAGCUGGUAUUCGAGCAAACAUGAGGGAUACUCUUACAUCACUUCCGGAGAAAGCGAUGCAACAGCCUGUGGAGAAAGCGCGCGUACACUUCUUGCUAUCCUUCCUCCAUGCUGUCGUCCAAGAGCGCCUCCGAUAUGCACCUCGUCUGGGCUGGAAGGGAUUCUGGGAGUUCAAUGACGCGGACUUCGACUGCUCGGCUUUCAUUAUCCAGUGGUGGACCGACAAUGUCGCCCGCGGCCGCUCAAAUGUCGCGCCCAAGAGCAUACCGUGGGACAUGCUGCGCGAACUCAUCUCGGAGAUGUAUGGUGGCAAAGUUGAUGAUGCAGAGGACAUGGCACAACUGAAGGGUCUGGUUACCAAAACGAUGACUGCGGAAGCAUUUGAAGAUGGCUUCAACCUCAUCGGCGAGGUGGCCGAGGACUCCGCUGUGGGCAUGCCGUUGCCGAAUGGCACAGCAAAGUCUGUCUUCUUGCAGUGGGUCAAGGAGUUGCCAGAGCGUGAGCCACCUACUUAUCUCGGAUUACCGGCGAAUGCAGAGAAGCUUUUGCUUGUGGCACACGCAGAAGAGAUGCUGAAGAAUCUGAAGACGGUCAUGGGCGUCUUGGAUGAGGGAGAAUCGGUCAUGGCGGAGGCUGCAGAGGAGUAG